GAUAAAAUGCUUGCUGAGUGUUUCUGAAAAUGAAGAACUGAUUCAUUCAUUCAUCGUGUGGCUGGUUGGGUGAUUCAUACGUCGUCUCGUGUACUAUAUAUAUAUACGAAGAAGGCACACAGGGUUGUACAAAUUAUGUACUUAGUUUUGAAAUGACUUGCACACCCACGAGAAUCGAGGAAGAAAGCUUUUUUUUUCUCUCUUUCUCUCUAGGAAGGUAAUAUCUUUAUUGGAGUGCCACUAUAGAAUGGAAAACAAACCCUCCAACAACACUCCUGAGGCCAACCUCAAGCUUCGAUGUUAUAUCGAUCGACUCAAUGUCACCGACCGACCUACGCCAGUCUGUCUCGCACGACACUCGCCUCGUCAGAUUCCCGUCAUGCAAUCGCAUAUAGGAAAAUUCGAUUUGCCACCCUACUUUGUUCCUUGACAUUGUCACGACUGGUGAUUCUUCAACCGUUGGGUUCCGAAUUAUCUUCAAUCAGCAUUGCAGUGAAAAUGCAAAGUUCAAAACGGACACUUCGCUCGAAUGAAAUGACUAUUCCACCGGGUGGAAUGUUGGACACCGAAUUAGAAUUACAAUUUGCUCUUCAGUAUCCACAUUUUCUGAAACGCGAUGGCAAUAAAUUAUUAAUUCUUCUACAGAGGCGGAAACGAUACAAAAAUAGGACCAUGCUUGGAUAUAAGACACUCGCUGAAGGUGUCAUUAACAUGGCACAGGUUUUGCAAAAGCAAAUGGAUCUGGAGUUGGAUUUAGUGUCAGAUAAGGCUGAGAAAUAUGGUGGUCAUUCGGUUGUUUUAGCUCGUGUCAUUGUCGUUGCUUUGAGUUCGCAGCCAGUUGAUCAUGACAAACGAUUGAUGAAUGAUCCCAACGAGAGAUUAUGCCAAGAAUUCAGCGACGAGGAAGAGGAGUUUAGCUCGGAAGGUGAAGCUGAAGGUAGCGACAGUGAACCAACGUUGGAAGUUCACAGGCGAAAAAGCCGAGGAAAAAUUCCUGCAAAUGCGAGGCAAAGAAAUUUAAAGCAAAAAUUUAUUUCGCUCCUAAAACGAUUUCGAGUUUCCGAGGAACUGGAACAUGACCAAGAAGAAAUGGGCCAAAAAUUAUCGGGUGAAAGAAUGGAGAUCGAUGAAUUAUUUGACGAAUUGGAGGAUCUGUCUGACAGUGGUCCGGAAUUGGAUACAAUGUCGAUUAGCAGUACACCAAAGCCAUCUCUUCGACCAUUUUUCAGCUCAAGCCGAUCUCUUCUUGCACCUCCAAAUGCCGAACGUGGAGUGGACAGACAAAGCGAUGACAGUUCACGAAAAGCUGACAGCGAUUCACAUCCGGAAAAUUGUACUGAUCACGAGACAAAUGAUGUGACGACAAAUAUUUUUGCUGGAUCACCACCAAAGUCAGAACCACAAAAUAAAAAUGAUAAUUCCGAUCGGAAACCAAGACUUUUCACGAGGGACAAAAGUGGUAGUAAUCCGAUUAAAUCAAAAAAGCAUAGUUUGAGCGUUGACUUGAAACCAUCUGUGGAUCUCAACAAUUCCGAGCCGAGAAAAGCGUUAAUUGAGCAACAGUUCAAUCGGGUAUUGCCCGACGAUGGACUUCCGGAUGCGUUGUCCUUGGUUUCAUUGGCGGAUACAGGAGGAGCAGGACUUGCAACUAGACUUCAGGAACGAAUUCCUCUUGUUCUAACAACAGCUUCUCCUGCGGAUAUUCGUGGAACUCUAACUUGUCUUUCAACAAGGAUACACAAAUUUUGUAACAGUUCAGCGAAACCUCCAGGACCGAUAAAAAUAGUGAUUGCUGGAGGUGAUUCGUUUGUUAAUACAGUUUUGAAACACUAUGUCGAUCUAUUGAGUUUUAAACCACCAGAUUGGCAAAAUUAUUUAAGAUUUUUAGUUGUGCCAUUGGGUUAUAAUAGUUUAGCAAAAUAUUUGAGUUCAAUUGAUAGUAAAUAUGCAUCGCUUUUUGGCGACGAAUGGAAGGAAAUGAUUGACAGGGACGGUGGAGGAAGCAGUGAAGUUUCCUCUCGUGUCGCUGAAUACAUUUCAUCCGCAAGUUCAACACUUUUAUUGCCAAUUGCCGAAGCAAUGGUCGCUUACAGAGAAACGGAUGACAGUAGUCAGAUUUUUAUUCCGUUUGUGAAUGACGUGAGAGUUGGGUGUCCGGAAAAUAGUUCAUCGACUUCGGUUGAUCUCGAUGAAGGUGGAAUGACAAUGUCUGGAUCGCCACCUUCAUUACCGACUCCUGGUGCACAAGUUCCGCCACCAGGACGAUUAACGCCACCAAGUAGUCCGAAUGUGGGUCAACCGCGUGAAGGAUGGGAACCAGUGGAAAUGCAAUUGGAUUAUUGGGGGAAAUUGUCACUUGGCGAAAAGGGGAAAAAUACCCUUAGACAGGCUUUUCGUGCACUUCAUGUUCAAAGAUUAUCUGCCUCAGGAGAAGUACCCGGCAAUAAUUUUUCCAUGAGUUAUACGAUAAAGGAGAAAAAGCAAAAAAUUAUGAGAUUAGGCAAGAAAAAGGAAAAGGAGAAGGAAAAUGAGCCAAAAAGCCAAAGUGUUGACGGUGUUACGCGACUAAUUUGCUCAGCAAAAACUCAUGUUCCACUUAAAGUGAGCAUCGAUGGAACUGACUGGUACGGCGUCAAGUUCUUCAAACUCACAACCCAGUGGCAAACUCACAUCAAGACAUUUCCGAUAGCUUUGUUUAUUUAUCAUUCCCAACAGCAAAAUCUCAAUCCCACUUGAAUACACAUAUAUAUUUAUUUUGUUUUUUUUUUUUGUUGAAUUUUUUUUCUAUAUAUAUAUAUAUAUAUAUAUAUAUAUAUAUAUAUAUAUAAAUAUAUAUGUGUAGAUAAAUUUUAAAAAUUGUGAUUCAUAUCGAAAUUUCGUGGUUUUCAAAACGAGUGCUCAGAGAGCGUUAACUUUACGGAUCAUAAAAAUAUUAUUCCAUUAUAAUUUUUGCGACGAAUAUUUUUUUCGGAGCAAAAAAAAUUUAUUCUAUAUGAGAAAAAACGUAGUUUUUACGUUUAAUUUUAAAAAUUAAACACAAAUAAUCGCGAUUGAAUCUCUUUUUUAUCCAAAUGAUAAUUAAGUAAAUAAUUAUUAAAUUAAUAUCGACGUUUGAUAAAAUGAUUUUAACUUUUGAUCAUUCAAUCAAAAGUUAAGACAUUUUCGAUUAUUUUACUUUAAUUCGAAUUUUUUUUGUAAUUUUUUUAAAAACAUUUUUUCUUUAUUAAAAGAUUAAUCUAAAAAAAAAAUUAAUUAAUUACUUAAUUAUUAAUUAUUUUUUUUAUUCAUAUCGUUAGAUAUUUUUAAUAGACAAUUUUUUUUCAUUCGUCGCUUUCUUAUUUUUGGAUCCGAAAGUUAAUAAUAUUGUGAACAUAUCCCAGGGUUUUCGAGUCUAAAAAAAAAAGGAAGAAAAAUUGUGCUUCUAAUGUUGUAUUUUAAUUGCGAUACGACAAAAACGUCCAGAUUGAUAAAUGCAUCGCGCACAAAAAAGACUUUAAAAAAAAAAAAUUAACACGCUUUCAAGUAAAGCUGAGUAAAUUAACUAAUUAUUGAAUAAAUCCCUGACAGAUUCUAUUGAAAAGACGAAUAAAACUAUUUUUUUUAUGUUCUUUUAAAAAAAAAAUUAUACGAUAAAGAAUGUAAAGACAAAAUUAUUCCACUAUUAUGGUUGAAUUUUUUCAAAAUUUUAUAAAAAAAAAAGAAAAAAAUCGCUUUAGACUCGUACUCUGUUAUCAAAUUCAAUGAAAGCUUUAUUGUGAAUAAUAAGAUUUAUUCACUUGAUUUUUUAAAUAAUAUAUUAUAUAUAAUAAAUUUUUGCAAAUAAUUAGGCCAAUUUGUAUAUAUAUUUUUUAUGAUCCAUCAAGGAUGUGUUAAAGUAUGUGUAUAUAUAUAAAAUGAUACUAAAUUUUUAUAUAUAUAUAUAGAGAAAAAAAAAGAUAAUUUCCAUUUUUUUUCUAAAAAGAAAAAAAUUGGAAUUUUUUUUCUUUUCUUCAAUAUUGGGAAAAAAUAGUUUUAUUCAUUUGAGGGAAUUCAAAUAUAUAAAUAUUGUUUCUUGUAAGAUAUAUUAUAUUAUAUAUUUUAUGUUUUAAAGUGUAUCAACGAGUGAGAAUCUAAGCUCAGAAUAUUUUAGAAAAAAAUAUUUUUGUUUUUUUUAUUUUUUAUAGUUUUUCUAAAAAAAAAAAGAAAUCUUUAUUUUCCAAGUUGUUAAAAAAAUAUAAACAGCGAAUUCGUCACGUUGCUCAGUUACGAUUAGAAUUUAUUGAGAAUUUUUUUUUUUAUUAUUAAUAAUUUGACAAUCGAUAUUCGUUUAUGUGAGUCAUCGAAAUAUGGAUUAAUUUAAUUUAAAUUAAAGUGAUAUUGUUAUUUACGAUUGUUGUAACGCUUACAGAAAGCAGAGAUUUUUUUUUGCGUCGCUCCCCUUUUUUUUGAAAAAUACGAUAAUUAGCUUUUGUUAGUCGUCAAAGUAUUGUAAAAAAAAAGUAACGAUCAGUGUUUUCUGAUCUUUGUAUAGUUACUGUCUUAAUUAUUAAAUAAUUAUAGAUAAUUAAUAGUUAGGUAUUAAUAAAUAUUAAUAAUUAAUAAUUUUAUAAUAACUAAUGAUUAAUGGUUAUUAAUUAUUAAUAAUUAUUAAUUGAAUUAUUAAUUAUAAAAAUAAAAUUUCAUUAAUAUUGUAAGUAUCCAAUUAUAAAUUUGUUUUGGAUAUUUUUAAUAUUAAUGUAUUAAAAUAAUAUUGUAGUAUUACAUUUUUUUGGAAGAUUAAUUAGAGCAGAUGAAAUUAGAAUUUUUCGCCAUUUUCACAAUAAUAGACAAUGAUUAGAAUGAAAUGUUUUUAGUUUAAUUAGAAAUUGCCGUGACUGCCGAAAGCCAAAUUAAAUGACAAGUCUGUUUAUCUUGUUAAACAGUUUUUUUUUUAUUUCAUAGAUUUGACUCGCUUUCGCAAAAAAAAGCGUUGUUUCCGUACUGAUCCGUUUACAAUUUUUCUCCAUUAUUACAACAACAAAAAAUAAUAAUAAUAAUAAUAAUAAUUGUUAAAUGAAUAAUAAUAUAUUUGAGGCCAAAGAAUGCUCGUUUUUUGAGACUAUUUCCAGAAUUGCUUGUCUUUUUUAAAUAAAUAAUAAUGUACAUAUAUAUAUAUAUAAAUAAUAUGCCGGAGAAAUUGAUUGUUUCGCUAUAGAAAGAAUUUAAAUUCUUUUUAUAUAAUUGUUCAAGAAGCCUAAUUUUUUUCUAAUUGACUUUUUCUUAAGCUACAUUUUUAUUUUUACCUAAAAAAAGAAGUCUGAACAAAAUACUCUUCGAUCUAUAUACAAUAAAGUUACAGAAUAAUCUGUUCUUUGUUUUCCAUGGCUUGCACAAAUACAUUGUAAUUUUCUUCGCGAAAUAUUGAUUUCGAUUUUAGAUAUCUAGUAGAUUUUUUUGUCUAUUUUGCAAUAAUGUGAAUUUUUGUAAUGUCAUUUUUUUUUUAAUGGCACAUCUGGAAAAUUGUCGAUUUUAAUAGAAUUUUUUUUUUUUUUUUUGUAUAGGAAAAGCAAAUUUCCAAAAAGAAGAAAAUGUUCCUUUUGCUCCCUGUUGUUGCAAUAAUUACGAAUAGAAAUUAUUCGUAAUACCCUAAUAAUAUUAAUAUUAAUAAUAAUAAUAAUAAUAAUAAUAAUAAUAAUAAUAAUUAAUUGAGAUGUAUGUAAAAUUAAGAUAAUGUAUAGUCUUUAUUGUUAGAUUAUAUGAAUAGUUGGCAGUUUCUGUCUCCGAGAAAGAAAGAUUUUGUUAGAUUAAUUAAAAUUGAUAAAUAGAGAAUCUUUUCGGAGAUCGAUUUUUCUUUCCAACGUCAAGUGAUAGUAUUUUUAGUACGUGCUCGCGGUCCAAUUGUUUUUUUUUCUAGGUUUAUGUAUUUCUAGUCAAUUUUCUCACAUUAAGCGAUUAUUUCUAAAUUCUAUUAAUUAAUUUUUUGUUACUUUUUAAUAUCAAAAAUUCGUGAAAUUUCAAAUAAAGAAUUAAAAAUUCUUUAUAAAUGUAAUUAUGAAAAUAAUUUAAAAUUAUAAUUUGUUAUUUAAAUUAUUAAAUAAAAUUGUUUUUAACUUUUUAAUCAAUUAGAUAAAAAUUGAUGUGAGCUAGUGCAGUUUGUGUUUUAACAAAUAAGAACUGAAUUGAAACUGUAUAUACGUAUUUUUUAAUUAUUAGAUCGAAAAAUAAAAAUUUGUCAAAUAUAUUAAUAAUUUCCUCGUUUCAAUAAAAGGAAAAAUUUUGAAAAAUGAAACGAGAGUAUCAAACUUUGACCGUACGCACGUUUCUUUUUUCUUUUAGAGAAAAAGAUACUGAUAAUAAAAAAAGAAAAAAAAUGUGAAAUUUGUAAAUUGUUUUUUAAUGUACAGUUACAAAGUUAACGAGGGUUUCUAGCCGGCCCAAGCUCAAAGCUUACAAUAAUUAAAUGUAAUUGAUACUACGUUUGAGGAAAAAAAAAAUUACAGACAAAAAAAAAGAACAGGAAUUUUUAGCAAACGAUUAUAUAAUAAAAUUCAUAGAACUAGACGUCUUUAUUGCGCUUUUACAAGAGAUGUCUAAUAUUGUAAAUGUACAUAUAUAUAAUAUUAUUAUUAUUAUUUUCCAUAAUUGAGAGUUCAAUUGAAAUUUGUGUUACUCUACAAGAAGAAUGAUUUUUUUAAAAACAUCUUUCUAAAUAAAUUAAUAUAAUUAGUUAAUAAACAAAUUUUUAUAUUUGUUAAGUUUUAAUAAAUUAAAAUUCAUAAUAUUUUAAAUUAAAAUCAAUAUUGUUUAAUUUUAUCAAAGAGAUUUUUGAAUAAAAUAUUUUGAUUUUUUUUUUCUAUCUUCUAUUUUUAAUUUUAUAUUUUAUAUUAAAAAUUUUGUUAAUUUUUAAUUUAACUCUCAAUGUAUUUAAAUAUUAAAUACCUAUGUGUGAUACUACAUAUUUUUUAAACGUAAAUACUUCGACAUAGAAUAUAUCAUCAUUAAUUAAAUGAAAUAAACUUGUGACCUGGGCACUAUUUUGAUAUUAGAUAUCAAAGGCUCCAAAAGUAAAAAAAAAAAAUGUUUUCACGUCGAAAAUUGGCGAAUAAAAUUUUUUAAAAACAAUAUUCAGAAGAUUGUCAAGCUCAAGACACAAGUCAAUAACGAUUGAGUAAUUAAUUAGCUCGUAGAAAAAAAAACUUAGUAGUGUAUACUGUUUAGACGUAAAAAAAAUCGAUCCGAGUCAAAUGGUUACACGAAAUAUGUUGUUGAUGUUUGUAAGCUUGAAAUAUAAAUGUACAGCAUUUUUA